AUGACUUAUACCCUGGUGGUCGUGUUCCUAUUAGACACUGUUACAAAAGAAUUUCCUGAAACUUCUGAGGACAAUGGAAUAUUUAGCAGUGCAAAUUAUAAAUGUGCGCCUACAAUCCAAGAUGCCGUUUUCGAAACCGCCAACAGACAAUUUGGGCUGGACAUAAAACCAAAUGUGAAUUUCAAAACUGGAUCAAGAUUUGACGAAAAUAAUGAUAUCGUUGAUUCUGUCGUUGAAUUUGAAAAUGAGUUUUCUAUGGAAAACGCUGAAUUGAAUAACGUUAAGAGAGGCAAACAAUUUGAGGAUAUCAAAUGUGAAAAUGUUAAUGGAACAGACACAGCAGAUGACAUUAUAUCACAUCCUGUUUUACCUGAAACAUCUACGUUUCUGGUGGCCAUUUUCGAGACUCUAUCAAAUAUAACCGCGCAUACUUGCUCGGGAACUUUGCUUUCACCAAAUUGGGUCUUGACUUCUGAAAAUUGCAUUGAUGUUUUGGGUUAUUUACGAAAUGGAACAAAUUACACCGGAAAAAGCGUUUACACUGUCGUUGCUGAAGCCACAAAUCCAUUAGUGGAUGGGUCUAUCCAUAACGUCACCCAAGUAGUGCUUCAACCUGACCGCGGAGCCACCAACUUCUCUAAUUUCCCAAGAAGCCGGUGUGCCGGUUUGGUUAUGAUGAGAAUCGCGCCCAGGAUGGAGGGAGGAGGAUUGGAAAUCGCCAUGGAUGAAGUACCACCGAACAUAGAAGCGCAAGCGUAUGGUUGGGCCUAUAUUAAGAACGAGCUCAGUGUUGACGUGAUGAAAAUUAUUUCUAUUCCUGUUAACAUACAAUUAUCAAGCACAACUUGUGAUUUGAAUUGUACGAGAUCGGAAGAAGAACUUUGCUUCACCACGAAUGAUACAAAGAUGAUAGCGCAGUUGAGUUUGGGCGGAGCGGUUCUCUGGAUGCAGGGCAGACGAGCGCGCGUGGCAGCGGUCACGCGAGCAGGUGAUGGAGCGCUGUCGGCCACCACCGUUCAUCUACACGCUGUUUGGAUACAAUCCUUGCUCUCCAGUACAUAA